AUGGGUGAAAGUGGAUUUUGGGUGAAUCUUGAUUUAUUUAUUGAUCGCCAAAAUGAGGCUUUGGAUAAUUGGUUGGGGGGAAAGGCAAUUUCUCUCAAUUCCCCCCAAGAACCCGAAGAACCCAAGAAACGUGAAAGUAAACCCCUGCUUGAGGUUCAAGAGUCAUCAGAUUUGGGUGAAAAUCCAACAAUCCAUUCAAUGAAAGUCCUAACAUCAGCAAUUUUGGCAACACGAAAGAAAAAACCACGGAGAAGCAUCGUUAAAAGUCUUCUGUCUCCGACCAAAACCACAAGUAAUACCAAGAGGAAGCGUAAAAUCAAGAAGUACAAGUACUACAGAUUGAAAAGAUUUUGCCACAAGAAGAAAUCCUUUCAGGAGGAAGAGAAUCUGGUGGUUGGACCAAUUGUCGAUUGCAGCUUCAAUUUACCACGUGUGAGUAGUCAAUUGGAAAGACUGAUGGGAACAAAUGUUGUGCGCCUCACGGAUCGGAAAUAUAUGCAAGAACUUCGGAAGAGGAUCAGGGAGGACUACAAUAUUGUUCUGCAGAAGCGUAUUGCUCAGAGGGAGGCUAAAGAAAUAGAAAGAACACGAAAUCUCUUCAUCGAAGGAUAUGCCGGAAAUAACUCUAAUAGCACAGAAGGUGGUCCUCCCGUGGUUAUAAUUAGCAAACAAACCCACAGUGAUAUGGCAAGGAGACGUGCAAAACUCAAAACCGUUCGCGAGAGAAACGCCGAAAGGCUUGUUCGACAGGGAAUCAAAUGGGAAAAGGAGCGACUCAGUAAUAUUGAAAUUGAACGACAGAAGCAAAUUGAGGCACAGAAGAAGCGGGAAGAGGAACUGAUGAUAGGACAUGAGGAGCGUUAUGCUAAAGUUGGACAAAAUACGAGGAUUCAGAUACAGACUGAUAAGGGAUGUCGAGACGAUGUGGUUGAUGAUUUCUCCGACUUCGAUAAAUUUGACCAUGAAGACCUGUCGAGUGGCGUUAACAGUGACACAGACAGCAAUGAUUCUAAAGAGUUGGAUGUUGAUGACGCAAAUGUACCUGAAAUUGUUGGAACAUCCCACGAAAUGGAAACCACGAAGAAAGCUGAAGCAUUUGAGCAUUUACAGUAUGAGGAUCCAGCCAUAACAUUGCUGAAAUCAACCGAUAAUGUAGAUGACCUUUAUGCCCUAGCAGAUGAAAUCAUAAGUGGAAGCUAUGCGAAAUACAAUGGCAACAGAAAUGGAGAUUAGUAUUAGUAUUGGUUCUCAUUAAUUAAAAAUGAUAGUAUGGUUAUGGUAGAAGUCUCUUAAGGAAUUUAAAAGCUCUUCCAUUUAAUGGAAAAAUAUUAUGAAAUUGCAGUUAUUUGCUGUCAUCAUCAAAAAGAAUGUCCUCUGGAAAAUGUUUCAUAUAUAAUAAAAUAUUUUCAAUUCAAAAGUUAUAUAAUAUUCUUCAGCACUUAUAGAAGAAGAAUCACUCUUGCAUAAUUUUCAUUCAAUUUCCGAGUGCGCUUUCUCAUUAAAUAAGUUUGAACAGAAUAAGUAAUUUAGCAACACUUCGAAAAUUGCGACUAAACUAUGGCACAUCAAUUUUAUUAUAAUAAUUUGUCGCACUUAAUAACACUUCAAAAUUAAUUAAACAUACAAGGUUGCAUACAUAAUAAUCAGUUCAGUAUAUUGCGCCCUGUAUUGAACAAAAUGAAAGAGGAUUUAACCCAAAUUCAUAGAAUUUAUACCAAGGGCUGAUAAAAUUCUGCAAAAUUGCAUUGCAUCCACAAGGAAUUAUCUUAUGUGAGCAUUUGAGCAAAUAUUUUAUCAUUAAAUCCUCAUUUGAAGUGCAAAACAAUUCCAUUGCAUUAUUUAAUAGUUUGUAUCUUUUACCGAGAAGUGAUGAUAACAUCAUUAGAGUGGGUGUCACAUGGAGAAUUGGGAGAUUCUUGGAAGUGUACUAUGGAGUUUCUGGGAAUUUUCACAUCCUCAAUCUCACAAGAAUGCUCAAUUCCUUUUACACAAAAUGUUAUCAUAUACGUCGUUUACCUCAAAUGCUUGCAACCUCUCGUGAAAAGCUACAAGUUUCCUUCCCGCAACAUUUGCUCCACGUUUUCUCCAUUGUCAUUUCCGUCGGGGAAAAGCAUAAAUUUAUGAUCUUUCUUGAUAACAAAAGGAACAUAAAUUGCUGUUUAUCGCUUAAAAAUAGCACCUUUUAAAUGUUUGUUUUCCAACAUGAAUAUUAAAUGUAAUUUGCCACAUGUGAUAUCAUUACAAAAUUAAAUUUCAGUGCAAGAAUUCAGAUAAUUGCAACUAACUUUACUUACUAAUUCCAAGCCUAAGGUUUAUGUGAAUUAAUUGUGAUUCAUAAUAUUAUAUUUGCUCACACAGAGAUUAUAUGGCUCAUAACUGGUGAGUAGAUAGGAUUUUCUUCAACUUAUGUUUGAUGAAGUUCAGAAGUUAUUUAAACAAAUUAUAAUUUAUUGCAAUUUACUCUAUAUAGAGCGAAAAUUCUCAUUUGAGUUUUUGAUGCAUAUAAAAUUAAAAUUUGUGAUAUUUAUCUCUAGCACUGAGUUAUUACUCAAAGUAAACUUAAAUGGAGGGAGAGGGUGGACCGUGGAGAUUAGAUGCAUCUGGCUUAAUAUAAUAUUUGGGAUUUGUUUAUCUUCUGUAACCAAUUGAUUCUGAAUUUUUGUAACAGACUGGGGUCACUAUCAGAGAUACUGAAAAUUGUAGUUUUCAACCGUCUGAGUUAAAACCCUGGGUCUGCCAAUAACGUUUUUCAGAUGUACCUGUGCCUUCAUCACUAGAAAUUCUGGCGAUUUUAUGUAUAUCCUGUUGUAAUAUCCUAAAAUAUCUGUGUACGAUUUCCCUUCAUUUAACUUGUUGUAACACGCCAUUUUAACCUAAAGUAUAAAAUAACAACAAAUGGAUUACUUUUCAUUACUUUUAUACGCUUAACCCUUUAAGGACGAUUGGAACAUCGGUGUCCCAUAAAGAAAAUAAUUUUUCCUGACUACCUAAAGUUAUUUUUUUCUUAUGUCUGUAUACAUAAUUGUAAAAUAGAAGGUUGAAGAAAUCUAUAAUAUUUUUUGCAAGUCUGUAGCUAUUUGCCUUUAUAGUAAAUAGGGUAAGUUGCAUAAAUUGGAACAAUUUCCAGAGGCUCGAACUUUGAUACAAGAUUAAAGACAUUAUAAAUACAUUUUUCCCUGAUGACAUACAUAAAUUUGCUCCUUGAUUCUUCUAGAAUAUUACCGUUUCAUGGAAAUUCUUGAAAAACAGUUUGAAAAGUUCUUAAAUACAAGAAAAAUACGUGAGUGCAAAACAAUAUAAUUUGGACAGGGUGGGACAAGUUGGACGUGGGAAUUUGGACAAUGCGUAGGGGAAGGUUGUGCAAGUUUCAAGAUUUUUUACUGAAUGCCAUACACACUGAAUCAAUUGUACCACUAGGGUAAAGUGUAUAAUUAAAAAGUAAAAAACAUUAAGGCUUAGAUAUAUAU